AUUCAAUCGUAUCCACUCAAUUCCUCCAAAGAUUCUUACCAAUAUGCCGAGACUGAAAACUUUGAACAUCGGGAACAACAACAUCAUACGUGUUCAUAGUGGAGCAUUUCAUGGAUUACCAUCACUCGAAAAUCUGUAUCUUGAUCACAAUAAUAUUACAGCAAUACCAGAUGAUGUGUUCUCCGGUAGUUUAUUUGUCUUAUGGAUCAAUGACAAUAACAUUCGCGAACUGAAUUACGGAGCUAUGAGAGGAUUGUCUAGCAUUACACGCUUAUACCUGGAGAACAACCACAUACAAAAAAUAGACAAUGGAUCAUUUGAUGGAGUUCAAAUCCAACGCAUGUAA